AGGACACAUGAGGGAGAGGGGAGCCAGCGACAGAUGGAGGAUGGUCGGGUCGUCCAGUGGGGUGCAGAGGCAAAGAGCCUGGGAGCAAGCGAACGGGCCCGAGGUGGAGGUGGAGGUGUGGCCGUGGCGGUUACGAGGCCUGAGCGGUUUUUGAUUAUAAAGAAGUCUGGGCCUUUCAAUUACUCUCUUCAGCCUGUUGAUGAGUUGCCUGCAUUCCUUGGAAUGGCCGUCACUUCUGGUCAUUGGGAACUGGCUUUCCUGCCUUCCAAAAGUGUUGUGGUAAAGGGCAUCAUUGAACUCGUGAAAAGGGAUUUGCAUUAUAAUUUCUCAGUUCAAGGCUUUUCUUCAGAAAGAGAUUUUGAAGAGUAUGUUAAGCAAGAGAGUAACUCUAAAAAAGUGUUGGUUGCUAUUAUUUUUGACCAUGAGUUCCAAAAUAGGAAUGAUUCCCUGCCAUUUAAGGUAAAAUAUUUUCUGCGUUUCAGUAGUUUUCAGAGGAACAAGUAUGUGGGUUUUCUCCGAACUGAAGGCUGGGAAACAGGUGUUCUCUUUCCACCUUUUCCUUCUUUGGGACCCAGAAGUGAACGCAACUCAAAUGGGGGGCCUCCUGGGUACAUCACUGAAGGGUUCCUGGUUAUACAGCAUGCCUUGGAUCAGGCCAUCAUGAAAUAUUUUAACCACACAGCUACACAAAAGCUAUUUCAAGAUGUCACUGUCUUUGUUCAGAGAUUUCCAUAUCCAGAAUAUUCUCGUGAUUACUUCUUCACCUUUUUUGGUAUUUUCAUUCCUUUAGUAAUCUUAUUUAUCUUCUCUAUGAACCAUCUUACCCUCAUUCAGUCUAUUAUGUGGGAAAAGGAAAAGCGAUGGAAGGAGUAUCUGCUCAUGAUAGGACUCAGUAAUUGGAUGUUCUGGGGUGCCUAUUUCUUCACAUUCCUCUCUUUGUAUUCAGUUAUCAUCCUUUUGAUGUGCAUGAUUUUCUUUGCCAAGAUAGAACCUGUGCCAGUCAUCCAGUACAGUGACCCAUCUCUUGUCUUUGUCUUUUUGCUGUGUUUUGCCAUCGCCACAAUAUUCCUCAGCUUUAUGGUCAGCACAUUCUUCGAUAAAGCACAUUUUGCUGUUUCUGUUGGAGGUUUCAUUUAUUUUGCUACCUACUUUCCACUUGUUACAGUCUCUACAAACUUUGCACAAAUGACAUUCUCCCAGAAGCUGGCUUCCUGUCUCAGCUCAAAUAUAGCAAUGGGGCUGGGAACUAAAUUCCUAGUCAAGGCAGAAAUGGAGAAAAUUGGAAUUAAAUGGAGUAACAUCUGCUCACCACCCAAAAUGGAGAACUUUGACUUUGCCCACAUACUGGGAAUGUUUUUAUUUGAUGCUUUCUUAUAUGGCCUUGUGGCCUGGUAUAUAGAAGCUGUCUUUCCAGGCGAGUAUGGUGUGCCCAAGCCGUGGAACUUUUUCUUGCUGCGCUCUCACUGGUUUGGGGAAACACCUGAGGAAAAAAAGGAAACAAGGCAAUUUUAUGAAACAAAUGAAAGCAAGUGUUUUGAAGCAGAGCCUACUAAUUUGGUGGCAGGUAUCCAAAUCAAACAUUUGUGCAAGGUAUUUCAGAUGCCAAAUACUACCAAGAUAGCUGUAAAAGACCUGUCUUUGAAUUUAUAUGUGGGGCAGAUCACUGUUCUUCUAGGACCCAAUGGGGCAGGAAAAUCCACUACUCUAUCUAUUCUCUCAGGUCUCUAUCCUGCUCCCAGUGGUGAGGCCUGUAUUAAUGGAUAUGACAUCUCACAGCAGAUGGUCCAGAUCACGAAAAGCUUGGGCUUGUGUCUCCAACAAAAUUUGUUGUUUAAUUACUUGACCGUGUCAGAACACCUUUAUUUCUAUUGUGUGGUAAAAGCAAUACCUCAAAAGACACGUCUUAAUGAAACUGAUCAUAUGCUGGCUGCUUUUAGCCUGCUAAAUAAGCGUAAUGAAUUUUCAUGUUCACUGAGUGGAGGAAUGAAGCGCAGACUCUCCAUGAUCAUAGCACUUAUAGGGGGCUCUAAGGUGGUGAUACUUGAUGAACCAACAUCUGGCAUGGACCCAGCCUCAAGGAGGGCCACCUGGGAUGUCCUUCAGCAGUAUAAACAGGAUCAUACCAUCUUAUUGACCACCCACUACAUGGAUGAAGCUGACUUCCUGGGUGACCGCAUAGCCAUCAUGGUCAACGGAUCCCUGCGGUGCUGUGGCUCUUCAGUUUUCCUGAAAAAAAUAUAUGGUGUGGGAUACCACAUUGUCAUGGUGAAGGAAGCUCACUGUAAUGUUGAAGAAAUCUGCAAAUUGCUUCAGUAUCAUAUACCAACAGCCACUUUGGAGAAGAAUGUUAAUGAUGAAGUAUCUUUUAUUCUACCCAAAGAGUACACACACAGCUUUGAAGCUCUAUUUACUGCUCUGGAAAAGAGACGAUACGAGUUAAGGAUUGCUAGCUUCAGUGCCUCUAUUACUACCAUGGAAGAAGUCUUUUUUAGAGUCAGUAAUCUGGAAGAUUCACAAACAGAUAUCCAAGCUAUCCAAACUCCACCUCCCGCUGUGAUGAAUGAAGUAUCAGUUAAGAACCAGAAUAGGAAUAUGUCAAGCAAUUGUUCUACCAUGAACGAAAGCCCUGCUAUUAUGUUUAAUACUGGGGUAAGCCUCUAUCAUCAGCAGUUCUGUGCCUUGUUCAUAAAGAGGGCGAUGUUCAGUUGGCGGAACUGGAAACUGAUUUUGCUACAGAUACUGGCACUUCUAGUUUCCUUUACUUUUCUCUCAGAGGCUAAUAAGUUUUUACAUACUAAAGAUGAAAAGGCCAGACAAAUGGAUUUGGAUCAAUAUGGUCGAACAAUUGUGCCUUUAUCUAUUUCUGGGAAUUCUAAUUUGACCCUGAUUUUCCUAAAACAUCUUAGGAAAGUUCAACAUAAGAUGUCAAAAACCACCAGAGCCUUCAUACUUAACUCAUUACUGUUCUUUCCCAAUUACAACCUUGCAAAGUGUAUCAGUGACUAUUUUACUUUCUACCAGAUAAAGAAAUGGUGCUCUGGAAAUAAGCCUCCUAUCUACCUAAAUUGUAGUAAAGAAAAUACUGCAAAGAAUUUUUAUUCUUUGGAAGAGAAAAUGAUUGGAAAGUACAUGAUUAUAAUGAGUAUCACAGGCUUUAUUUGCCUUCUCUUCAUUUUCUUUUUGGACACUACUUUGUGGAAGCUAAGAACAUUUUUCAAUCAAUAUAUUUACUUUGGUAUCUAUAAGACACUCAAGAAGGUGAUGUCAAAAGAACUAUCUGGAGAAUCUGAUGAUGAAGAUGUACAAAAUGAAAGACAGAGAAUCCUGGGGCAGCCUCAGGGGUUGCUGGAUUCCACAGUGCUUAUUAAGGAACUCACAAAGAUAUAUUUUAAGUAUCCAGUCAUUCUAGCUGUGAAAAAUAUAUCUGUUACAAUCCAAAGGGGGGAGUGCUUUGGAUUGCUUGGAUUCAAUGGAGCUGGAAAAACUACUACCUUCAAAAUUUUGACUGGAGAAGAAACUGUUACCUCUGGGGAUGUGUUCAUUGAGCACUUUAGCAUCACUAAAAGUCUCCAAAAGGUGAAGUCAAGAGUUGGCUAUUGUCCUCAAUCUGAUGCAUUGCUGGAAUACAUGACUGGUCGGGAAAUAAUGAUCAUGUGUGCCAGAUUAUGGGGAGUCUCUGAGCCCCAAAUUCAGCUGUAUGUGAAUAGAUGGUUGAGUUCAGUGCAACUGGAACCCCAUGCUGACAAGCUUAUCAGAACCUACAGUGGAGGAACCAAACGUAGGCUGAGUACUGCUAUUGCCCUAAUGGGAAAGACCUCAGUCAUUUUGCUGGACGAGCCAUCAACUGGCAUGGACCCUGUAGCCCGACACCUGCUCUGGGAUGCUGUGACACGGACACGUGAAAGUGGCAAAGCCAUCAUUAUAACUUCCCAUAGAAUGGAGGGAUGUGAUGCCUUCUGUACCAGGCUGGCCAUCAUGGUGCAGGGAAAGUUCCUGUGCCUGGGUAGCCCUCAGCACCUCAAAAACAAGUUUGGCAACAUUUACAUCCUGAAGGUCAAGGUCAAGAUCGAUGCACAGGAGGAUAAACGGGAUCCUCUAAAGUAUUUCAUCACACUGACAUUCCCAGGUAAAUUAGGUUGA